UCACACAACUCUGCCUUUUUGUUCCGACAGCGACGCUCUCUAAGUUGUCUCACAGGCCUCCGCUACAAGAGCAAAAGGGCUGAGAUUCCGCCGAGCGGUGCCCCGAUCGCCCGAAUCCCCCAACCCUAAUCUCCAGGAGAUCGGCCAUGGCUUCCUCCAAAGAGCGCGAGAAUUUCGUCUAUGUCGCCAAGCUCGCUGAGCAGGCCGAGCGAUACGAUGAGAUGGUGGAUGCUAUGAAGAAGGUCGCAAAUCUUGAUGUUGAGCUGACUGUUGAAGAGAGAAAUUUGCUCUCUGUUGGUUAUAAGAAUGUAAUUGGUGCUCGCAGAGCAUCAUGGAGGAUACUGUCCUCAAUAGAGCAAAAAGAAGAAGCAAAAGGAAAUGAAGUAAAUGCCAGACGGAUUAAGGAAUACAGGCACAAGGUUGAAUCAGAGCUUUCCAACAUCUGUAAUGAUGUUAUGAGAGUGAUUGAUGAGCACCUCAUACCUUCUGCUACAGCUGGUGAAUCAACUGUGUUUUUCUAUAAGAUGAAAGGAGAUUAUUAUCGUUAUCUUGCAGAGUUCAAAUCUGGCAACGAGAAGAAAGAGGCAGCUGAUCAGUCUAUGAAAGCAUAUGAGGCUGCUACUGCUUCAGCAGAGGCUGAAUUACCCCCUACACACCCCAUCCGAUUGGGUCUAGCUCUAAAUUUUUCGGUUUUCUAUUAUGAGAUCAUGAAUUCACCUGAAAGAGCCUGUCAUCUAGCAAAGCAAGCUUUUGAUGAAGCUAUCUCGGAGCUUGACACCUUGAACGAGGAAUCAUACAAAGAUAGCACGUUGAUUAUGCAGCUUCUCAGGGACAACCUUACCCUGUGGACUUCUGACAUCCCAGAAGAUGGAGAAGAUGCCCAGAAAGUGAAUGGCACUGCCAAGGUUGGCGGAGGCGAGGAUGCAGAAUGAGGUAGAUGGGAGGUAGCACUGUUAAAGAGCUUAUGUGUUCGUCCCCCAGACUCUCUUAAGACUUUAUUAUUUGCUGAUUGUAAUACUGUGAACCAGACUUAGACUGGUUCCUCUUCUUUUAUUAAAAAAAAAAAAGAGCAUAUGUGUUCGGGGUUAGGCGUGAGGGCCUGUAUCUCAUCUGUGUAUUAGCUAGUGGUAGGGUCGCAAUUUUUAGUUUUAUUUAUUUUUCCCUUUCUAUGUUUCUCGUCGAUUGGCCACACUUCCCAGCAGGGGAAAAAACUUUGCGCCAUACUAUGGUCUGUUUCAUUCUGUGUGGUGUUUGAAAAUGGCCUGUUUCAUCCCAAGCUUUCCUCCUUUUCUAUUUGGGGGGAGGAGGGUUUAGUGAGAAUUGUUUAUGGUGUAUUUUCGUGUACCAAUGAAAAAUGCUGCAGCCGCGUAUGGAGCUACUGGUAUUAAGAUUCUUCCGUAAUGCUUUUACGGUGUUUUUAA